ACUGCAGCUAGGUAGUCCGCCAUUGCUGAGUGUGGAGAUCUACGUUAGAGAAACAUUGCCGUUUGGUUGUCAACAACCAACUACGGACUAGCGAGGGUCGAGUGGAAGCUCCACAAGUAUACUUCCCUGUACCUAACCAGAUAAUAUUUUCAUGUAAAUACAGAACACACAGACGAGGUAACCAUGUCCAAUCUCAGCAAAGGCGGCACAAAAAAGGAUACCAAGAUGAGGAUACGAGCUUUUCCUAUGACGAUGGACGAGAAGUAUGUCAACAACAUCUGGGACCUUCUGAAGAAUGCCAUCCAGGAGAUCCAGAGGAAGAACAACAGCGGGCUGAGCUUCGAGGAGCUCUACAGGAACGCCUACACCAUGGUGCUGCACAAACACGGCGAGAAGCUCUACACGGGCCUCCGGGAGGUGGUCACCGAGCACCUCAUCAACAAAGUACGGGAAGAUGUCCUCAACUCACUAAACAACAACUUCCUCCAAACACUAAACCAAGCCUGGAACGACCACCAGACAGCCAUGGUCAUGAUCAGAGACAUCCUCAUGUACAUGGACCGGGUGUACGUACAGCAGAACAAUGUGGAGAACGUCUACAACCUGGGCCUGAUCAUCUUCAGAGACCAGGUGGUGCGCUACGGCUGCAUCCGAGACCACCUCCGACAGACCCUCCUGGACAUGAUCGCACGAGAGAGGAAGGGCGAAGUGGUGGACAGGGGGGCGAUCAGAAAUGCCUGCCAGAUGUUAAUGAUCUUAGGCCUCGAAGGGAGGUCGGUUUACGAAGAGGACUUUGAGGCCCCGUUUUUAGAAAUGUCUGCAGAGUUCUUCCAGAUGGAAAGUCAAAAGUUUUUGGCGGAGAACAGUGCAAGCGUGUACAUAAAGAAAGUGGAGGCGCGGAUAAACGAGGAGAUCGAGCGCGUGCUGCACUGCCUGGACAAGACGACGGAAGAGCCCAUUGUGAAGGUGGUGGAGCGGGAGCUCAUCUCCAAGCACAUGAAGACCAUCGUGGAAAUGGAGAACUCGGGCCUCGUCCACAUGCUCAAGAACGGAAAGACAGAGGACCUGGCGUGUAUGUAUAAGCUCUUUAGCAGAGUGCCAAACGGACUGAAGACCAUGUGUGAGUGCAUGAGCUCCUACCUCCGCGAGCAGGGCAAGGCGCUGGUGUCAGAGGAGGGCGAGGGCAAAAACCCUGUGGAUUACAUCCAGGGUCUGUUGGAUCUGAAGUCGCGUUUCGACCGCUUCCUUCUAGAGUCGUUCAACAACGACCGGCUCUUCAAGCAGACCAUCGCAGGGGACUUUGAAUACUUCCUCAACCUCAACUCGCGCUCCCCCGAGUACCUCUCCUUGUUCAUCGACGACAAGCUGAAGAAAGGCGUAAAAGGAUUGACGGAGCAGGAGGUGGAGUCGAUCCUGGACAAGGCCAUGGUGCUCUUCAGGUUCAUGCAGGAGAAGGAUGUGUUUGAGAGGUACUACAAACAGCACCUGGCCAGGAGGCUGCUCACCAACAAGAGCGUCUCGGACGACUCGGAGAAGAACAUGAUCUCUAAGCUCAAGACGGAGUGUGGUUGCCAGUUCACCUCCAAACUGGAAGGCAUGUUCCGAGACAUGAGCAUCUCAAACACAACCAUGGACGAGUUCCGCCAACAUCUACAGUCAACGGCGGUGUCGUUGGGUGGAGUCGAUCUCACAGUGAGGGUUUUGACGACAGGUUACUGGCCAACGCAGUCCGCCACACCCAAAUGUAAUAUCCCCCCUUCUCCUCGACAUGCAUUUGAAGUCUUUAGAAGAUUUUAUCUGGCAAAACACAGCGGCAGGCAGCUCACGUUGCAGCAUCACAUGGGCUCUGCAGACCUCAAUGCCACCUUCUACGGCCCAAUCAAAAAGGAGGACGGCUUGGAGGUGGGGGUGGGCGGCGCCCAAGUAACAGGCUCCAACACCAGGAAGCACAUACUGCAGGUGUCCACCUUCCAGAUGACAAUACUCAUGCUCUUCAACAACCGGGAGAAGUCCAUGUUUGAGGAGAUCCAGCAGGAGACAGACAUCCCGGAGAGGGAGCUAGUGCGAGCGCUGCAGUCGCUGGCCUGCGGGAAGCCCACCCAGCGGGUCCUCACCAAGGAGCCCAAGUCCAAGGAGAUCGAGAACGGUCAUGUGUUCACCGUCAACGACCAGUUCACCUCCAAGCUGCACCGCGUGAAGAUCCAGACAGUCGCCGCUAAGCAAGGAGAGACGGACCCGGAGAGGAAGGAGACGCGGCAGAAAGUGGACGAUGAUAGGAAGCACGAGAUCGAGGCGGCCAUCGUCCGCAUCAUGAAGUCUAGAAAGAAGAUGCAGCAUAACGUGUUGGUAGCAGAGGUCACCCAGCAAUUGCGAUCGCGAUUCCUCCCCAGUCCUGUAGUCAUCAAGAAGCGCAUUGAAGGACUCAUUGAGCGGGAAUAUUUGGCACGGACACCGGAGGAUCGCAAAGUGUACACUUAUGUAGCAUAAAGGCGUGAAUUCAAUCAAACAAUACUUUUUUGGGGGGGGGGGUCUUGUGUUGUGUAUGACCUUGGAAGUUUGUCUGAUACUGGGAAGCUUACCUUUCUUUCAUUGGAAAAAAAAGACAAGGUUUUUUUAAAUAUAUUUUAGCUAAAUGGAGGGAUUGGAUAUAGCUUUGUUACAGUUUCAUGUUCCUUAUGUGGCCUUGGGGAGAAUUUGGGCGGAGAGUGGGAAUGCAUCAAGUGUACUGCAUUCAAGCCCAAUAAACAAAGGAAAAGAAAACUAGCAUAAACAAAAUAAUACAAAAAAUAUACCAAGCUAAUGUGGGUUGGCUACACAAAGACCAAGAAAAUAUUUGAAAUUUCUCCCGUUUUAAAUGUUGAUGUAAAUGUGUUUGUGUUUUUUCGUGGCACCAUGCUGGUUGUACAGGUUGUCAGACACUAUUGCCCCCCCCCCCCCCCCCCCCCCCCCCCCCCCUCUAGGACUUUAAUCAAAGAGAAGAGGACAUGGAUGUUGUUGCUGGUUUGCAGAGAACAGGAGCAGUUGCUUGAUAGCAUGCUUUAUCUUAUGGAGUGCUCUAUACAAGGUGUAUGUUUUUUUUGUCUUUUUCAAUGGGGCCUAUUGUAAAAUUGGAUCGUCAGCCCAGAAAAUAUUUCUCUCCUUGGAAUUGUAGGUUCUUCCCAAUGCAGAUCACAAAGGGAAGUUCUUUUUUUUUCUUAUUGCAUUUCAAUUGGAACCAAUUUAUCACCAUGUUUUAAUGUGUAUAAAUUGUAAAUAAUUGUACUCACUAAAGUGGACUGUACAGGGCCUAGUUUUCAUCAUAUUAAGUGUAGAAAAAUAAAUUGUACAACGAAGGGAAUUUUGCCUCCUACCUGUUUCACAACUCUGCCUUGUGUAUUCCUCUCUGAGAGCAGAGAAAGCCACACUAAAAUUGUCUUUACUGUGAAA